GAAAUGCGCAUGCUUGUGAUUCCGUUCCGGUAACAAAAUGGGGCAACAACAGUCCGGCGGGGCUGGAGGCCAAGGGGAGAAAAAAGAUGACAAGGAGAAAAAGAAGAAGUAUGAACCCCCAGUGCCGACACGUGUUGGCAAGAAGAAGAAAAAGAUGAAGGGUCCAGACACCGCCAGCAAGCUCCCGAAAAUCACACCACAUACAAGAUGUCGACUGAAGUUGUUAAAGAUGGAGAGAAUCAAAGACUAUUUAUUACUGGAGGAAGAAUUCAUCAAGAACCAGGAGAGACUGAAGCCACAAGAAGAGAAACAUGAGGAGGAAAGGACCAAGGUAGAUGAGCUGCGUGGCUCGCCAAUGUCUGUUGGUAACCUAGAAGAAAUAAUUGAUGACAACCACGCCAUCGUGUCAACAUCCGUGGGAAGUGAGCACUACGUCAGUAUACUGUCGUUUGUGGACAAGGACCAGUUGGAGCCUGGAUGCUCUGUACUCCUCAACCAUAAGGUGCAUGCUGUUGUGGGUGUACUGUCAGAUGAUGUGGACCCCAUGGUCACAGUAAUGAAGCUGGAGAAGGCUCCACAAGAAACAUACGCUGAUAUUGGUGGUCUGGACCAGCAAAUUCAAGAAAUCAAGGAAUCUGUGGAACUGCCUCUAACACAUCCAGAGUACUAUGAGGAGAUGGGUAUCAAACCUCCAAAAGGUGUUAUAUUGUAUGGUCCCCCAGGCACUGGUAAGACAUUACUCGCAAAGGCAGUGGCCAAUCAGACCUCAGCUACCUUCCUCAGAGUGGUUGGCUCAGAACUUAUCCAAAAAUAUCUGGGUGAUGGCCCAAAACUUGUACGGGAACUGUUCAGAGUUGCAGAAGAACAUGCUCCAUCUAUUGUAUUUAUAGAUGAAAUUGAUGCUGUGGGAACAAAAAGGUACGAUUCUAAUUCUGGGGGUGAGAGGGAGAUCCAGAGGACCAUGUUGGAGUUGUUGAAUCAGCUGGAUGGCUUUGACUCCCGGGGAGAUGUCAAGGUCGUAAUGGCUACAAACAGGAUUGAGACUCUGGAUCCUGCCUUGAUCCGACCCGGCCGAAUCGACAGAAAAAUUGAGUUCCCAUUGCCUGAUGAGAAGACGAAAAGGAGAAUAUUUAAUAUCCACACAAGUAGAAUGACCCUUGCAGACAAUGUCAACAUUGAUGACUAUGUCAUGGCUAAAGAUGACCUCUCUGGGGCAGACAUCAAGGCUAUAUGUACAGAAGCUGGCUUGUUAGCACUGAGAGAGAGGAGAAUGAAGGUGAGGAACGAAGACUUCUCAAAGGCAAAGGAGAAUGUGCUGUACAGGAAAAACGAGGGCACUCCAGAGGGGCUGUAUCUCUAAUGUCUGUACGGCCGUAGGAUCUCAUCAGAACUUCCCAGGACCACAAGAACCAUGUCUGGGACAUUUUGGAUAUCUGUAGUGCUAUGUUUAAAUAUUCAAGUGGAAAUUUACAAUUUUGAAAAAGGGAUUCUAUGUGUGAAAAUCAUCAAAUAUGAAAGGAAGUAUGAGUGAAAGUUUAUUGUAUGUUGAAAAUGAUAAUGAAUAAAAACUUUGUUGUCAGUAAA